CGAAGUGGAUGCAUGUCAGAGAAGACACCGGGAGGCUGUAAUCACGAUGAAAUAUCCAGUCUUUUUCAAUCCCUUUCGAGGAGGAAGUCUUGUGAGGGCAGUCAUGAUAUGCAUCUUUGUUGAAAUGUCGAACUGCCACCAAACAACACCAGAAGAUCUUGUCUCCUACAACCAGACGAUGUUUGGUGACGUCUAUAACUCAUCUCAUACAUGCCAGUGCGAGAUCACUUUCCCGCCAUUUGUCACUUGCCAGAGCUACGUAGAAACGGGAUAUCCGGAGAGGCUUGAUGCGGCAGAGCGGGAGAUCGCCCGACUAGGUCGUCUUCUUGAAGAUUUCAAUCAGACGGUCAUCAAUCUCUAUAUCGACCUCGAGAUCACAGGAUCUCAGCUCAAUGUGACCUUGACGACAUUGCAGGGUGUUCUAUCUGGUACGGUGAUCGUCACCGUGGCCGAACUCGAGCUCGUCAAGAAAGAACUCGAUGAGAUGUCCAUCCUGCUUGACAAAAUCGAGCUUGUAGCAUCCGAGGUUCCUGAAGUCCAGCUUCUUCGAGAAGAGCUGAUUAACUUUACACUGCUCAUUAGAGACUUGGAGGUAACAGGUCCCACUGAAGUCCACCAUCUGCAAUCGAAGAUUGACGAUCUGAAGGCGAAGUUAGCCGAAUGUGAACGGUCUUAUUCGACAAAGAGCGAAGAUGAUAGCCUCUUCCAACCAUGGAGUGAUUUUCCAUCUCAAGAUAGUUGCGGUGAUAUCAUUCACAUAUCCGAACCAUUCACUGUCAGAGGCUUAGGAAACAGAGUAGGGGCGUGGUUUCGAGACCCAAUCCGGGACUAUAUGAAGGUAUAUUACGCACCAUUCCACAAUCCAAGAUCGACUUUCCAGGUUGACCGCUUUGCUCACAUCGCCGAUUUCCGUGACGGUACGGAAUAUGAGAGCAGGUACAUGCUCCCGAGCAACCUUCCAGCCCAAGGACCAGGGAUGGUUGCUUUUAAUGGAUCCCUCUACUACCAUGCACUCGAGACAAGGCAAAUCGUGAGAUAUGAUUUCGAAAACGACACGGUUGUCAACACCAACGUAAUAUCCGACGCGGUCAUCAGUAACCGGGGUUCAUACAUGGUUCAGAGCUUUAGCGACAUCGAUUUCGCCGUCGACGAGAGCGGGUUGUGGGCAAUCUACGUUUCCGAGUCGGAUAAAACAAAGACAUCGAUUAGCCGUCUGGAUCCAGAAACACUAAACCUUGUAGAGACGUACAUGGCGCCCUUCCGUAAGAGUCGUAUGGGAAAUUGUUUCAUGGUGUGCAGGAAGCUCUACUGUCUCAGCAGCUUCUUCAGCACGGAUACCAGAGUGGAGUCAGUGUAUGACACCACGUUGGACGACUAUCGCAUCAUCAGCGUCCCCCUCGACGUCCGUUUCCAGGAUAUGACGUCAUUGGAUUACAACCCACGUGACCAGAAGCUCUACGGAUGGGACAAUGGCCAUCAGGUGGUUUACGAUCUCACCUUUGACAUACCGGAACAAACCGGUUCACAGUUGCUCCCUGCCGAUUCCAGACUUCCUUUUGAUCUCCAGUAAUCAAAAUAUAAAAUGGCGAUGGCUGGCUUGAAGAACAAUCACAGUCUUCCUGUUAUCAUAAUUGUCAUUGGCCUGUAUUCUGAACACUGGUUUAAUUCAAACUAAAUUUCAUUGUAAAUUUUAUUCUAAAGUUGAACUAUGGAUAGCUGAUCGCAACAUUUGAAUGUUGAUCAGUGAGAAACCAAGUUAGGAGUUGGCUUUUGGCUACUCCUACUCACGUCCCAUUCAUAAUUUUAUGUCGUUUGUUAUUUUUAUUUAUUCAUUCCUUAAAAUAUUUUCAUUGUUUUUAGUUUGAUUAUUAUGGAAUCAUUGAAAAAUUGAUCUCCAUGUAAUGUAUCUUGUUUGUAUAUAUAUUUUUUCAUUUAAAAAUGAAUGAAUAAUAAAGACUAAUCUCUAUUCGCCAAUUCGUCAACACAUUUCCUGCUCAAAUAACUGUCUAGAGACAAUUAUAAUGAAAUGAUUUUAUUCACCAUUUAAGUAAAGGGAAAGAACAGGCCUACAGUAAACAUAACAAGCAUACAAUUAAAUGACAUAUUGAUUGUUUCGAACUCUCAUAAUUUUCACACCAAGCUACUUCAGAAUAAGGGCCAUUGACUCCUUCGUUGAUUAUCGAUACCAUGUUUAUCUUUACCCCCCCCCCAUUCUCUCUCACCUUCUCUUUUCUUCUUCAUUGCGCUUUUAGCACUUUGCAGAGGGGAUUUAUGAAUAUCUAGUAUAAUCAUUAUCGUCAUCAUUAUACUCUUGUAUAUAUUUCUUACAUGGCAAACGCACUAUCCGCAUAAUUAUCUAAUGAACGCGUAUGUAAUUGUCUGUAACAAGUUUUAAAAAUACAAUUAUGCAUACCAUAUUUGUAUGAUCUAUUUAUUCCAAAGCGAUCUAUGCUCAAUAUUUCACAGUCCAUACAUCCAUGAUUUCAUGUGGCCUAAAUGCAUAUUACCACCCGAGCGCGAGUUCAAAUUUUGGGAUAUUUUAUAUAUUAUGCCCUGAAAAUCGAAAAUAAUCACCAUGGGGGUGGGGGGGGGGGGGUAUCUAACUAAACAAUCCAUGCGAGUGAAAAGCGCUGGCUGAAAUUUUCAUAAACUGGCCAGCAACAAGACCUGUUAAAGACUGUGAUCCAUGAAAGAAUGUAUUUCUCUCCAUUCCUACAAUGCUAGCGCUAACUAAAUAAUUUUAUAUCUUGACCUGAAAAAUCUAUUGUAACAAUGAAGAGUGUGGAUAUAUCA